AUGGUUGCUGCUACUAGAUCCACCAGAUCCAUUACUUCAAAGUCAAUAAAGAAAGAAACAGUGAAUACUGUAAUUGGAAGUCCACUGAAGCCGACAAAAGCAACACAAAAAAAGAAAGUUGUUCUUACUAAUGAGGUAGUAGAAGAAUUCAAGACCCCACCUUCUUCUCCUUCCAAGAAGAAAAAUGCUUCGCCCAAAAAGGUUAAUGUAGAAUUAGAAGAUGCUUUAGGUCAUAUCAUUGUUCCCAAAGAUUUGAGUUUACCCAAAGAAUUUGCUGAGUUUCAUCGUCCAGAGUUCAUCGACGGUGUUAAACAUAUCAUUAAAACCGACCCCACCUUAUACCCAGUUAUAGUGUAUAAGAAUUUUCCUUUAUAUGCAGUCGCUGGUUCUACCGACACCAAGGUACCCCAGACAGAGGCAGACAUCCUCCAGCUGUACUGGUAUGCGCUUAUAUCGGGUAUUAUAAGUCAGCAGGUAUCAGGGGCUGCUGCUCUUUCAAUUGAAAAUAAGUUCAAUAUGUUGUUUGGACCUGAAGGAACAAAAAAUGCAACACCUGAAUUAGUGUUGCAGAAAACUCAUGAGGAACUAAGAGGUGCAGGGUUGUCCAAUAAGAAGGUUGAAUAUGUCCAAAAUAUUAGUGAACAUUUCAUAAAUCCAAAGGAUAAUAAAUUGGCUAGAUUAGAGUUCUAUGAGAAUAGUAGCGAUGAGGAAAUUUCCGAAGAAUUGAUCUUAUUGAAGGGUAUUGGUCCAUGGUCUAUUAAGAUGUUUUUGACGUUUACUUUGAACAGAUUCAACGUUUUUGCAUUUGAUGACUUGGGGGUUGCAAGAGGCUCUUAUAGAUACUUAAAUAGAAGAAAGUCUCUAUUAGAAAAGAUUAAGAAAGAAGUGAAAAAAGACGAAGCGCUUACGAAAUUGUUAAGUAGAAAAUCCAAGUUUGCCGCAUCCAAAGGAAAGAGAGAUUGGACCCCAUAUCAUGAUGUUUACAUUGCUAAGUUAGGCGAAGAAUUUGAGCCAUAUCAACUGAUUAUGAUGAUGUUGUUGUGGAGAUUGUCUAGUACAAAUGUUGAUGUCUUAGCUGGAACUACGGGUAAAAAUCCAAAUUAG